GCCACGAUAACGCGUGCGCAAGCGCGCAAACGCAGUGAGUCAGAGAGGGUCCUGUAGCCAACAAAAUGCGAGAACAUUGAGCUCAGCUUCAUUCAGACCAUCCUAAGGCAACUAUAUGGACUCAUAACAUCAGGAUCUUUAUAUUACAGAACAGUGACGACACUGAUAAUAGCCCUUCAGAAGAACAUGUUGCUGCUGGAUAAGGUUCCUGCAUGGCUCUCUGCAUUCACUCUGCUUUUGCUGACUCAAGAGCCUGUCUCUACAUCAGAGGUCACGGCCUGUGGAGUGGCGGUGGAUCCACCUGCCAAUAUUGAGAUAUCAGACCCUGGCUUCCUGGGUUACAUCAGUAUCCACUGGACUCGGCCAGCCGGCCUUCAGAACCUUACAGACUGCACAGUGCGAUACCAGCUCAGAUACUACGACACCUAUGAGGAACGAUGGAGGAGUGUCCGAACUGUCAAGCUGACUUACGCUGCUCAGUUUGAUCUUGAGAAACCAGUCAAGUUGAGAAUACUCACUUUGCUGAAGUGUGCCUGCACCAAUGGGACAGAGGUCCAAGGGAAGGAGACAGAGUGGGCCUACACACCUGAACCUACAGGUGUGGCAGGAUCCCGAAUAAGAGAUUUUCACUGUGUCUACUAUGGGAAGGAGUACAUGGAAUGCACUUGGGAGUCAGGACCUGUCCAGCCUCCAAAUUCACAGCAUUACCUCUAUUACUGGCACAGGGAAAUGGAUGAAACAAAGGAAUGUCCAGAAUACAUCAUGUCAUCUGAGGGUCGAAGAGGAUGCAGGUUUCCACGAGAAUCACUUUUGGAGUUCUCAAAGUUUAACUUAUGUGUAAAUGGAUCGUCUCCAGCAGGAAGUCUGAGAACGGCCUACUUUUCUAUCGAGGUCCAAAACCAUGUAAAACCAGCAGUGGUCUCCUCUGUGCAUGUCUCAGAGACUGAUGAAGGGUUGAAGUUAGAUUGGUCACCACCUAGUGGUCAGGUGCCAGAACACUGCUUGGAAUAUGAGGUGGAGAGCAGCACUAUGAUGGAAAAUGGCAAAGAAGAGCAGGAAAGGAUGGUUCUUCAGAAUUUAGCGGACACAUCUUAUGGCGUCCCGAGACAGGCGGAAAGUCAGAAAACAUGCUUUCGAAUCAGGUCGAAGGUGAACACGUACUGUGCUGAUGAAGGAUUCUGGAGUAACUGGAGCCAAACAAAGUGUACAGCAGACACGGAAACUCAGGACAUCCCAACGUGGAAAUAUCUCGGUCUGGUGGGCCUGGUGGUCAUUGGCAUUGCUGGAGUCAUCAUCCUCUGUCUUUCAUUAUGGAUAUUAAGGAAGAUUUGCAUAAAAAAGAUCAGCAAAAAGGAUGUCCUCUAUACGUUAUACAAGGAGAAGGUCAACGAGACCAUGCCCACUAUCCUCAGUCCCAUUUUCAAGUGAUGCUCCUUUUGACCUGCUAUGCUAAAUUACCGUUUAGCAGUUCCAGACUGCAGUAAAAGCACACUACUCAGAGACAGAAACAUAAGUGAGACUUUAACACGCUUAGUGUAUUUAAAGUGGUAGUGAUAGAACCAGUAAUCUUGCGAAAUGGAUACUGUAUGUGGACGUAUGUGGAAAUGAACCACAGCACUGACCCUGAAUGUAUGAGCCACUUUGUUUGCCAAGCCAAUAUACUAUUAUGUGAUGUGUUUACGCACGUCAAGUCACUUAAAGUUACUCAAAGAUGUUUCAAAGUUCACUGAUCUUGCCAGUUUAGCCAAUGAUUUUUCGAAUGCCAGCGAUCUUGCCAGUUCUGCUAAUGAUUUUUCAAAUGCCAAUGAUCUUGAUAUUUUAGCCAGUGAUAUUUUUAAAUGACAAUGAUCUUGUCAGUUUUAUUUUUCUAUGAGCUUUUUUGCUGUUUGGAUGUAUUACUCUCUCAGUAUUUUACUGCUAAAUACAUAAUGAAGAAAUCAGGAGUAGAAUUUUGGGAAAAAGUGCAAACUUUUUUUUAAAUACAUUAUUAAAAUUAAACUAAAUGUCUAUUCUGUUUGUGUAUGUUUUUUUUUUUUUUUUUUUUUUUUUUUUUUUUUU